AUGGAUCCGUACGCUUCUUACGUCUGUCCUUCUAACUUUGGGACUACCAGAAUACAACGCUCGAAUCCUCCCAUCGAGGAAUCCAAACUUCUUCUUUCACAACAGCAGCAACAACAGUUGCCGCCAUUCCGAGAGCUCCUGGGAACCAACGUCCAACCUUCGAUCGACCCUAUAACAGCGAGUGAAUCUAUACCAAUUGCUCAAGCGGACAAUAUGACAAGAAGAACCUUCCAACCGGCAUCCGGGCCAUUGAAGAUUGAGCCGCCAUCACCUGAACGAUCGCAGAAUGGAAACGGGAUCGAGUCUUACGACAAUAUGUCUACCCAAAGCAGCGACUCGGCAUACACUGCUCCGCGCCACCACAGGCAGAACCCGUCCUGGAAUUCGACUUCCCAUUAUACUGAUCUCGUCAGUCCGUAUAGCACCCAACAGCGUCCUCCAUGCACAAUUCAGACCCAAUUUCCCUCUUCCAGAGUGAGCCCAUGCUUGCCGUCGAUUCGGGAUUUCGACCGGUUGAAUGGGUACAGCCCUUCCUUUUCAUCCACCAGCUCAUAUGGAUACGGUGCCCCGGGUGGGCCUCCCUCUGGCCACGAGAGCUACUCUUUCAAGACGGAACCGCCCUCCUAUUAUGACCCUCCUCACCGAUAUGGACAGAGUUAUCCGCAAACGAACCGACCGAAUGCUCCACCGAUGGAGUACUCACGAUACCCACCCUCAGUCUUUGAGUAUCGUGGCGGUGUUACGUAUCCCUCGCCCUAUGCGGGCGAUUAUCUUCCUUCGCCGACCGGAUCUCAUCAUCCUGUCUCUCCGACAGUGUCAAACGAAGGAUGUGGACUUCCAGGCAGGAGGCGAAGGGGCAACUUGCCUAAGCCCAUUACAGACUAUUUGCGACAGUGGUUUCUGGCGCACCUGGAGCAUCCGUACCCAACGGAAGAGGACAAGCAACAAUUUGCUCAAACGACGGGUCUCACUAUUGCCCAGAUCAGCAACUGGUUCAUCAAUGCCAGAAGACGCCAUCUCCCCGCGCUGCGUCAUCAGGUCCGUGAGAGAGCCUCACAAACAUCGGCAACUGAAUAUGAAUCAGACCAGGUGAGACGUUAG